UUUGGCUAUUAACAAACAGUUCAAAAUGAUGAAAGAACAAGAGAAGUAUAAAAAGAGGUUUACGAAUAGCCUCAAAAAUCAUAAGAAUAAAUGGAAUUACAUUAAUAAUAGAUUUGAGUCAAAGCCAGUAGUUUCUAAACAUUGAUUGAAACGAAGAUGUGAUAUUCUUAAGAAACAUUAUAUAUCAAACAAGGAAUUGGAGUUUUUGUUUGACCAAGUUACAAGUAAAUCAGGAUACAACAUGUUGAAAGAUGAUAUUUUUAUUAAUCAUUCCUUCAACAGUGAAUAUUUUCUUAUAUUAAGAAAGAAAAAAGAAGCUACUUUCGAACGAGAAGAUAUUGAGGUGGCUGAACAAGUAACGAGUGCUGGUAAGAAUUUUAUGGUAGAUAAUAUUACCACAAAUUUACAAGAGCUAGAAAUUAGAGAACAGGAAAAUAUGCUUCCCUGGCAAGAAAUACUAAAUAAAUUUGUACCGAUUACAAAGCAUGAAUUUCAUAGGGGGUUAAAUAGUGUCAGAGACCUUGAUACUUUAAAGAUAUUUCAUGAUGGAGUUAAGAAAAAAGAUGUGAUCAUAAUGUCUCUUACAGUUACGUAA